AUGGUUUCUAGUAUAAGGGCUAGAAUAAGGAAGUUUACUUCUGACUUGUCUAGAGAUUUGAUAUUAGAGAGUGAGGCUGCCGUAUUAAUCAAGUACAUGGAUAUCUUAAGGUUAGUGGUAUACAUGCAGCAGGUAGAGAAAGAGAAGAAAAAGUGGGUUGAAUUAGGAAAAAGGCAAGGAAAGAGGUUCAUAUUUUCUGAUCAGGGUGGUGGCCAACAAUUGAGUGGCAGGGAUGGUGGUAAGUGGCCCAAGAAAAGUAGGGCAAUUUUGGGUCUUAUUCGACAGCUAGUGCUCCCUACCCAAAGCUAUCGGGGUUUCUGUGUUGAAGAAAAGGACAAAUACUUCAACUGUAGUCAGGUAGGGUACAUGCUUAGAAAUUAUCUUAUUGGUAAGGUUGCCUCUGGGGCAAACAAUGUUUUGGUUGCUUCUUCUUUAGAUCCAUCACCAAAGGGUGUGCCAUCUGGCUUUGACACUGAUCAGAAUAGUCUUUAUGCUCUUACUACUCGUAAGGGGUCUGAGGCAUCACCUGAUGUCGUGAAUGGUGACUUUGUGAUUGCUAGGUGA